AUGUCUGCCAGCGAUACGGAACAGGAGGGCAAUAGCGGCUCAAGUCUGCACUAUGUCGAUGAAGCAUGUCUGGACUUAAGCGUCAACGCGACCCCACAGUUCAUAGGGUCCUUGACGGAACUUGCCUGGGUUCAGCUUGAUAACAUCGCUAAAGAUCUGGAGAACUUUGCAAAGCAUGCAAAUCGAAGCACCGUCUCCACGGCUGACGUCCUGCUCCUCGCGAGGAAGAACCCAGAUCUUCAUGGGCUCCUGCAGAAGGUUGUAGACGACGAGGCUGCAGAAAGGGCUGCUAAAGCGGCGGGAAAGUCAAGACGAUGA